AAGACUCCGGCCCAGCUGCACAUGUCUCCCCCGGCGCGGGUAACGCGGGCCGCCAAGCUGUGGCUCCGGGCCGCCGGGGGGGGGGGGGGGGGGGGGGAACCAACUCCGCCGAACACAGCGAGGAGCUUGCGCGGCGAAGUUUGUCCCUCUGGAGGCGCCGUCCAGGUCUGCGCUCGGCCUGGGUCAUGUGAGCGAGACGCGCUCCGGGCCUGGGGCGCCGUAGGACGCGACGAGGUGCGGGAUCCCGGGCCGGGCGGCCGGCGGGAGAGAUGGAGGCGACCUUGGAGCAGCACUUGGAGGACACAAUGAAGAAUCCAUCCAUUGUUGGAGUUCUCUGCACAGACUCACAAGGACUUAACCUGGGCUGCCGUGGGACCCUGUCAGAUGAGCACGCUGGGGUGAUAUCUGUGCUCGCCCAGCAAGCAGCCAAGCUAACCUCAGACCCCACCGAUAUCCCUGUGGUAUGUCUGGAGUCAGAUAACGGGAACAUUAUGAUCCAGAAACAUGACGGCAUCACGGUGGCGGUGCACAAGAUGGCCUCUUGACAUGUGCCAUCAGUUCUCCAGCAGCCCGUCGCAGGGGCCAGAUCCUACCUAUGUUAAUUAUCUUGUAGGAGUAUUGAAGUUCCCGUAGUUAGGCCGUUUAUUUAGUGUACAUUGGGCACUUGUCUGUCAAUUUUAGAUUGAGUUGCUUUUUGACACUCAACAGACUGACUUAUCAAAAUAUUAUUAAGAAACGAUCAUGUUUUGAAGCAGCAGGUCCAGGUCACUUUGUACAUAGAAUUUGGUUCAAUAAAUCAUCAGAGGAAAAUGUG